AAUUGAAAUUCCGCGAGUAUAUUACCUGUAAACAUUGUAUAUGGACUGUCGGUCAAUUUAAGCAGCAUAUAUAUCUAAGAAAAUCAGAAGAAGAUCGAUAAGUCAUAGUGGACAAGAUGUUCCCGUUCUUUUCUUUUCAUCUACUUUUUGCUAUUUCUUUAGGUUUAUGAACUUCACCGCCUGUACUACACACAAAAGGACAUGAUGAAGGAUCUGAGCUGGAAAGAGUUGGAUGGGGCUUAUUGUAGGGGAGGAGGCCGACAAGGAAAUCCAGUUACAUUUGGAAAUUUCAUCAGUCCUUCAUCUAUGUUUGUUGAUCAGAAGAGAGUUUGCAGCAUCCCUAAGGCUAUUGAACUUGAUUUUUUUUUUUUUUUUUUGUAACGUGCCAAGAGUCUUUCUAGGUUUUUAUCCUUUUGGGUCUUCCCUUUGCUAAGCAGUAUGUUUUGACAUAUCAUUCGGAAAAAAAAAAUAUGUAUUGCUUACAAAGAAAUCAGAGAAAAGCGCUAAAGCAAGUAGUUGUCACUUUGACCUAGACAGAUAACGUGUUGUUUUGGAUCUUAAAAGAUCCCUCAAGAGCAUGUAGCUUUACUUGAGGUUCCUUUAUGUUAUUGUUAUAUUUCUUCAUGUGCAUCAGGAGUUCAACUGGUCAAGAGAGCAGCAAGGCACGUUUCCAGCUUUCCAGCAACGGCUUUCAAAUCCUCAAAUUUAUUCCCCUCGUUAUCUUGAUCGUAUUGAUAGGGGGAACUUGAAUAAGAGACAUGGUUGCUGCAAUAAUCCAGAGAACUCAAUCGACAAAAACCAUUAUUACCGUGGAGGUGUGGCACACCAUCCUGGGGACAUUAAUCUCUCAUUGAGCAUUGGAAGGAACAAUCUGAAAACAAGUGCCAGAACAAAGACCUUUGAUCAUAUUAUUGACUUGGAAGAAUCAGAUCAAAUCUCUACCUGAUACUAAAACAGAACUGAAGCCCCAGUCAGCGCUGGGUUCUGCUCGUGUUUCUUAUUCUGGAUACAAACGUGAUUACCAAUGCAUCCAUGCUUACACAAACCACACUAAGGAUAAUUGGUUUGAUGGGACUCCAAGAAAUCAUUUUGUUCCAGAUGGCAGCACGAGUUGUAUGGAGCAGAACCCUUUAGCUGAAGGAGUUGAACAAUGUGAGCGGUCCCUCCUUUCUAGAGAUUUAUCAGCAAAGGGCAAAGUUCUUUUUUCUGAUGAAAGAGCUUUUCUGGACCUUAACAAAUCCAUAUUUGAUGAUUCUUUUCACUCAGAUGAUCCUAGCUUGGCAUGUUCUUCAAGUAGGGCUUCCUCAAGGGAGUCACAUGGAAUCCUUAAUUCUGUGACUGGCUGCAGCACGGUUAUAAAAGAAUGGAAAAUGUUGGAGUUGAACAGUUCGAGAUAAACCUCAAGCAGCCACUUUCAAACAGUAGCGGAAGUCCUUGCAGGCUCAGUAGGAAUUCCGAAUACGAAAAAGCUGACUUGACUAUAGAAUUUUUGGAUAGUGUUGAUCAAGUUCCAAGUACACCAGAAAACAAAAGCAAGAAAGCCAAGCAAGAUCCGAUGUCUUCUCCUGAAUAUAAGACUCAAGAUUUUGUAAAGGAUAGCGGUCCUGACAGAUCUCUUUCAUCAGGCAAAUCUUCUUGUUCUGAGGACACCUCAAGUGGCAUAGAGACCAUGCAAUCUGGAACUCAAAAACUUGAAACACUUCAAGCAAAUAAAUUUCCAUGCCAGCUGGAGGAUGUUGACUCUUCUAGUAAUGAUAACCAGAUGGGAGAAACAUCAGAAGUUGAUGGUCAGAUCAUAAGAGGAGCACUGUCCCUUGUCUAUUUUGCAUUGGAAUGUUUCGAACCAAGCGUUGCUAUCAGUAUGAUGAAUAAGAUUGAAGGUGAAACUACAGAAAAUCCACAGUGUUCUUCAGACACUUUUGAAGAAAUGGUGCUCAAACAACCUGAAAGCUCCAUCGACGACUGUUGUGUGACCUCAAAUGCAUUUGAAUUUAAUGCCACUGAGAGAAAGGACAACGGAAUAACACUAAAGAGAGGAAGGAGAAUGAAAUAUUUUCAGAAGGAUAUUAUGCCAAGUUUAGCGACACUUUCUAGGCAUGAGAUUUGUGAGGAUGUAAAGAUUAUGGAAACAGUACUUAGAUCAAGAGAAUCUAAGAAACUUAGGUCCAAAAUGACUGGUAAAAACAAGUGGUUCAAUCCUGUGAGAAAUAGGAGGUCUAGACUCAAGUGUGUAGGCCGCAAAUAUUAUUCAUGAACUAUUGAUUUGAUCAUUGAUAGGAGGAAAUAGUGACCAAUUUAGCAAAGAAAGAUAGGAUGAAAGAGCUGUUAUGAAACUUGUGACUCUUGACCGUGAUACAAUUUGUUGACAUCAAUGUUAAAGAGUUCAAUUCAGGAUCAUACUUAAUUA